AUGAUUGCAAACGGUCAUGACAUUGAAGGUAGGGGGUCCGAUGAAGAGACUGCCCUUAUCCGGGCCACGACAUUUGGCCAUGUCGAAAACGUGCGUACAUUACUAGAGCUAGGAGCUGAAGUCGAUGCUCAAGACUACAUGAAUGAAACUGCUCUACACAGAGCUGCCCGGAAGGGACAUGAAGAAAUUAUCCGUGUGCUAAUAGGUAAAGGUGCCGGAGUGAACAACAAAGCGUCCAGCAAUUGGACAGCACUCAUGCUUGCUGUGUCCUGUGAGAGUCUUAACGCCGUUCGAAUCCUUGUCGAAGGAGGCGCAGAGCUGAUGUCGGAGACGGAAUGGGGGGACACAGCCUUGACUAUGGCUUUGAGAAGUGGACAGGAAGAUAUCGCUGUCUUUCUUGCCGAGCAUGGUGCUGUUUUGCCUCGCGGCUUAGCGGGGCGUCGAGCUUUCAUCAUAGCUUGCCAGAGAGGAUUACAACACGUAGCGCAGCGCCUAACACUUGAUUAUGAAGCGGUUGCUGGAAGGCCUUUACAGCGGCAAUCGUCGCGGGUUAUAGACGGCCUACCUCAGGUCGUACGUGAAUCACCGCAGGGAGAGUCAACUGCUUCUGGAACAGAAACCGAACCGAGUGACGAGGUCUCGCUGGGAGAGCUGAUGGAGCAGUAUGACAUAAAGACCGGGUUUGAUCAGCGUUACAAGAUAACGCAGGAACUCAGGACGGGCCACUCUGCCACAGUACACCUCUGCACUGACAGAGUGACAGGCAUGGCGUUCGCAGUCAAAAUUUUCGAAGGUGGAACUCCUGGAAAUCCCCUGAGAGCAAAGGAUUUCAAGGAUAUAGGUGGUGAAAUCCAACUGCUACGCGAGCUCCAGAAGCACUAUCACCCAAACAUAGUGAGGAUGAUAGAUGCAUUUGCAAACUUAGAGGGAAAUGAUUUUCGCCUUCUUCUAAGUGUUGCGGUAGAAGGGGACCUCUUCGACACUAUCAAAACAAGGGGAAAGCUUACUGAAAGUGAAACACGGCAUGUAUUUACUCAAACACUAUCCGCCAUCAUAUUUUUGCAUGAACUUGGAUGGGUCCACCGAGACAUUAAACCCGAGAAUAUCUUGGUAUGCGACAAACACCUUUCAGUACAGUUGAGUGACUUUGGAAUUUCGAAAAAGAUCGACGCAAAAUCAGGUUCUGAUGAAUUGGCAACAACCUUGUGUGGAACCCCCAGUUAUGUGGCACCAGAAAUACUUGUAGAGACACCCCACCGCCGAUAUGGACUCGAGGUAGACAUAUGGUCUGCGGGUGUAGUUUUGUACAUCUGUCUCUGCGGAUUUCCUCCAUUUUCCGACGAGCUUAACACCCCGGAACACCCCUAUAACAUGGCACAACAGAUAAAGAUGGGUAGAUUUGAUUAUCCAUCACCUUACUGGGAUCCCAUAGGAGAUCCUGCAUUGGAUCUCAUUGAUCGAAUGCUCACCGUAUAUGUGCCUGACCGCAUCUCAGCCCGAGAUUGCCUCACUCACCCCUGGAUGUGUCAAACCCCCAAUUGA